AUGGCACAACUUCCCGUGGAAAUCAUCGAAAUCAUCACGUCUCACCUGACAAGAGCCGAGGUCAGAAACCUCCGCUUGGUUUGUCGGGCCUUUGAAGCCAAGGUCUCGCCCCAGUACUUUCGUAAUGUCGUCGUUCCGUUUCGAUCCGAGCUGUACGGCGCCCUCGUUCGCGACGAGCAUGGCUCCAUGCGCCAUUCGACCUCGAGCCUCUUCUCCAAUGGAAUGUACAUGUUCAAGUCCUUUGGCCCUCAUAUCCUCCGCUUCGCACUGUCCCUCGAGCUCGACGAGGACUCUCUCGCCUAUCCCCCGGUCAAGCCUCUCCAGGAAGCCGUUCCGGCCUUCUGGGGCAUCUACCGCUGGCCGCCUGCAAACUAUCGCAGAUAUACCGACCUUGAGGGCCUCGAGCAGACCGCCGACGAGACCGAGGGCAUGAGAGCUGCGCUGGCGUGCCUGACCAAAGUGCAGAAUAUUGGCUUGUGCUGCGAUGCCGGCCUCGGAUUCCUGCUUGGGCCGGACAAGGCGGCCCGCAACGCCCACAUCCAUCAUCCCGUCUUUGCAACCGUGGACUGGCGUCGCCAUCAACGCUCGGCUCAAAGCGUCCACCAACCUGCCAUCACCGUUGCCGAUUUCAACGACCUCGCUCGGGAUCAGCACAAGUCAAUGUUUCCCAACCUCGGCGCCUUCCGGAAUGCAACCCUCGAGAGGGACGCCGGUUACUGCGGGCCUCAAGUCCAAGAAGCAGUGCGAAUCAUGCUUGAAACCGGAAACAACAGUCUCGAUAAUAUCAACUUUGACGAAAGAUCUGCCUCGCCCGCGCCGAAUCUUGACCCCGCUGGAGCUCCUGGCCAUGCAGACCUCUUCGACUCCCCCAGGGACGAGGCAGACUCGCCCUUGAUACCUGUCAAUCUCACCAGAGCCCAAAAGGAAAUGCUGCUCGAGCUCGAGUGGGCCCAUCGUGCCAUGAUUCAAUCCUACGUCCUGGGCUUGAUUGACAAUGCUUACGAUGGCUGCUUUCAGCACGUGACGACGUUCACCAUUGCCAAGAUCCCAACGAGCCACGUUCACCUCUUCUGUCGAGAUGACUUUUGGGGAAGCAUUCCCAGUCUCAGGAAUGUAUCAAUCGGUGUCAUUGCGGAUUGGCGAAGGGUCAACGUCUCUACUCCCGAGUUUGUCGAGGAUACCCGUAUAUCCCCGGUCGAAUCCGUCGGCAAAGUCUUCACACUGCUCAGCGAUCACGUCGCCAAGUGCCGCAAUAUCGAGAGCCUUCACUUUGAAUGGAUAUGCGGCGGUGAAUUUGCGCCAAGCUCGUAUCAGCGCAAUUCAUACAUCCUCCCCGCGCCAAUUGUCAAUCAACCAGACGUCAUGAUUAGCCCGAGGGCCGUCCGGCGUGACAGAUCAAGCUUACUGCGACUCCCCCAUGUCAAGCACCUUUCUCUCAAGAAUUGUUGGUCAUCGCCGCAUGUCUUCUUGCAAGCAGUCCGCCAGUUUGCCCUGCUGUCUCUCGAAAAGCUGGAAUUGGAGUCCGUCUCCCUUUCUGGUCCUCCUACAACCGUGCCCGAGGCUAUGGCGGCACAUCUACCGGUCCCACUCCCGGCUCCGGCUCUGGCCUUGGCCGGUGUUGCUCCGGCUGCGGCCUUUGCUGUAUCUGCUCUGCAAGACAAUGAUCAAGAUCUGGCCGACCUCCAGGACGCACUGCCACCUGGUCUCCUCCUGACGCUACCGCCGCUAUACCCGCUCCCGCCGCAGCCACAACACUUCAAUGUCCCCGGCAACCCCCCCAGCCAUGAUGUGCACGACGCGCCGAUAGAUUGGCUCCGCCAGCCUGAUCUGCUGACAUGGACAGGGUUCAUUGACCAUUUCUCUCCGAGUGUGAAGAUAAGACAACUUUUGGCUGAAAAAGCCGAUCAUCAUACAGUUUCGACGGCCUUGGUAGAAAAGAUCGUUGCAGCCAGCGAGUACAUUCCCGAUUUUGCCCUUCUACGGGGGCACGAGCGAAGGUAUCGCCUAAAAUGCUUGGCUUUCAAGUCGUGUGGCUACGUCUCCGUUGAUACCCCUUACCUGAAAACGAGAGAAAUUAUUUCCGACCUGCACCAUGGACGCACUGUCUUUCACGGCAGCAAUCACCGGAUUAUGACUUGGAUGCAGUCUUCAAAAGAUAAGCUCCUGGCCGAAAUCACGCAAUGUAUGAAAGAACAGGAAGAGGCCAUGCUUGUUCACGCCUUCGGCAUGACAAUGGGAUGGAAAGAUGUUUAUAGCGCAUGGUGCAUCAAUGACGCCAAGAGAGAUGGGGUGCAGAGGCCAGGCUCGGGUCGUUUCAGCGGUUUACUCGAAGCAUGUGACCGUGGUCUACGGCACCAACAAGCACCAUCACCAUCACCAGCAGCAACAUAA